AUCGUUACUGUGAUAUAUUUUAUGGUAACCUACUUCAAUUAUAUUAUGUAAAGAAACUGUCGACCAUGAAAAUUCUGAAUUAUCAAAGUCGGAAAGUCCAAAACUGUAUUGUAACGUUACUGUUGAGGCAGAUAGUAUUAGAACUAAAUUAUUAGUUACAGUUUUUGUUAAAAAGUCUAAGAAACGUAGUUGGUUUUCUUGCUGGAAAAAUUCAAGUGAAGAAAGUUAUUAUGAACUACAAGACCAAGCUGGUAAAGUACUUGAUAGUACUUUAGUUGAAUUGUACCAUAACGAAAUAAAAGUAUUUAAUUCGGUAUAUAAUAUAUUAAACUAUGCUAAACGAUUUUUGAAAAAUAAAUAUAAUUAUGAGUAUACACCAAUUAUUGUAUUCGCAUUAACCGCUGGUUUAAGACUGUUUAAUACAAAAUCCGAAACAAUAGUCAAUCAAGCAACCUAAAUUUUGAGUCAAUAUAAAGAUGAAUAUCAAAUAAAUGAAAAUACGGUUCUUAUAAUGAAUAAAAGUCGUGAAGGACUUUAUGCUUGGUUAUCAGUUAAUUUCAUGAACAAUACCUUAAAGAACUUUAAUAAUACAAUAGCUGUUUUAGAUCUACGUGAUUCAUCUUUACAAAUCAUUUUUUAUUUACCACCUGAAAACCUACAAAACUAUGAGGCAAAAUUUGUAAAACAAUUUACAAUUAUGGGAAUAGAGAGACAUUUUUAUAAUCAAAGUGGUUCUAGUCCUAAAGAUGAUAUUUACAAUUAUUGUUGGAGUGCAGUUUUGUCUUUAAUUGCAAAUAAUGUGAAUAAAGUAACCAUUAAACAACCAAUUAUGGCGAUUCCUUUUUUCAUGAAAAGGCAAAAGAAGCUAAUUUAAUUUGUAUGUAAUUUUAAACAUAAUAUUAUCACAUAUCGUAUUGAUAUUUUUAUGU